ACCCUAAGAUGUUACGUUACUGUCGCUCCAUUGCAUUUAAUUCGUUCGCGACCGUUCGUGACUUGUAUUUGCGAUAAAUCGUCAUUUAAUAUCUUUGUAUCUACUUUCAAUCGAAACAAAAUAUUUACGAGAUGUUUCUAACACGUUCCGAAUAUGAUCGUGGAGUAAACACUUUCUCGCCGGAGGGAAGAUUAUUUCAAGUCGAAUAUGCCAUAGAAGCCAUAAAGCUUGGCUCUACUGCCAUUGGAAUAGCAACAACGGAGGGAGUUGUUUUAGCAGUGGAAAAACGUGUUACUUCUUCCUUAAUGGAACCAACAGCUGUAGAAAAAAUUGUAGAGGUCGAUAGACAUAUAGGAUGUGCUGCAUCAGGUUUGAUGGCUGAUUCACGAACGAUGAUUGACAGAGCACGAGUCGAAUGUCAAAAUCAUUGGUUUGUUUAUAAUGAAAGAAUGACAGUAGAGUCCACUGCUCAAGCUGUAUCUAAUUUAGCUAUACAGUUUGGAGAUAGUGAUGACGAUGGCACUGCCAUGUCCAGACCAUUUGGUGUAGCAAUGUUGUUUGCUGGAAUUGAUGAAAAAGGCCCACAGUUGUAUCAUAUGGAUCCGUCUGGUACUUUUGUCCAAUUUGAUGCAAAAGCUAUAGGAUCUGGUAGUGAAGGAGCUCAACAAAAUCUUCAAGAAGUAUAUCAUAAGUCUAUGACUCUCAAAGAAGCAUUGAAAACUGCAUUGACAAUAUUGAAGCAAGUAAUGGAAGAAAAACUCAAUGACACCAAUAUUGAAGUGAUGACAAUGACCCCUGGACAACUGUUUCAUAUGUUUAGCAAGGCAGAAUUGCAAGAGGUGAUUAAAGAUAUUGCUUAAAAAUUAUAUAAAACAAUUGAUUUCACAUACCACAUCGCGAAGGAAAAAUUCUUAAUGAAAUAGUACAUAUUGCGAAUGUAAAAUAUAUCUCCAUCUUAUAUAUGGAGAUUAAGUGCAGACAGGAUGCUUUAUUUCUGCAUAUUUAAUAUUUUCGUUUACGUCUUUAAAAAGAAAAUAUUUAAAAAAA